AUGCCAGGUCCUGAUCGUGAUGAAGUAUAUCUAGCCGAAGAAUAUGCAGAAAUCAUUGCUGAUGGGGCUCCAGCGGCGAGACUGCAAACGGUGCACCGGGAAGCUCGGAGCUUGGUAGGCGACAAGAGCCUGUCAGGCAAAGGCAACAACCACGCACGAGACACACGCAGGUUCAUCGGUCGCUGGGGUUUGACAUGGAAAGUUCCAACUCGAUCAUUUCCCUAUCUUGAUGGCAAUGAAGACACCGUCAUGGUUCACUACAUCAGCCCAAUUGAUUUCAUUGGAUUUCUUUUGGAGAAGGCUCCUGAGCUACUCUUUGGGGGCAGUGAAUCCCAUGCACAGGGAGGUCAGCAGUUGAAAAGCUUUUGGGACAACUACGAGAAGUUUCAUCCAACACACCGUCUAUUUCAGGAGGUCCACCCACAUCGGACCCGGUCCAAUACUCUAUGUGUUUCUUUUCACGGAGAUGAGGGAAGAGGUUUGAAAAAGGGCAACACGGCCAUAUUGAUGUUUGAAUCAAACAUAGGUGUGGAGACUGCAGAGAACAUGUUGAAGAAAAGGCGUUUGGACAAUGUUUGUGAUUGCAAACUGAACCACAGCACUGCCAAGAGAUUCAGAACAAAUUCUGGCUACAUGCCGGCGAAUGUCAGGAACAGCGAUGCAGUUCCAGCCUCCUAUGAAACUCACAACACCAAGUCAAAUUCGUUCUUGACCAAAUUCUGUUUGGCAGCUUUACCCAACAAUUUGUGCAAGGAAACGGAUGCGUUGGAUGUAGUGAUCGAGAAAGUUUCCCAAGACUUCCGCCUGCUCUUCGAGGAAGGUCUCGAAGUCAAGGGGCAACCUUACUUCGUCGGGGUGACAGGACUGAAGGGUGAUUUGAAGUGGUACGAAAAAAUAGCUGGGCUCAAAAGAUGCUUCAAUCGUCAAAUUGGAAGUGGUCUAGAAAUGUGCCACGAAUGUGGCGCAGGAACACCAGAAAAACCAUUUGAAGAUUUUGGCCAUGAUCCGAGUUGGGGAAACUCACUGUACCAACAACGUCCUUGGGAUGAACCCCCAAGCAUUGCUAUGAUUCCAUUUGAACCUGAAGAUGCCCGUGGGAAACCUGAGAUGGUACUGCGGCGUGACAUAUUUCACAACAGCAAAGUUGGCAUUCUGAGAGAUUACGUUGGAUCAUCUAUUUUGUUGCUUGUAAAAUUGGGCUACUGGAACUCUGAGGAUCCAAACGAAAGCAACAGGCGCGAGAUAUGCCUGGAGCGGGCCCAUGCUAGCUUUCUGUUUUGGCAAAAGACAGUUGGAAAGCGAGCUGCUCUCCGAUCUUUCACUCCAUCAUUUCUCAAUGCGAAGACCCAAUCAGACUUUGGUUGGAUUUCUUCCAAAGGCAGUGAUACCACAUUGCUAGUCAAAUGGCUAGCAAUUGCCUCACAAGGUUUCUUGAAUGAUCCCGUAGACCCUUCCCACCUGAGGAUGUUGAAGCACAUGAACCUGUCAGCAAGAUGCGUGCUUGGCUGGCAAAAGGUUUUGUACUCCCAUGGAAACUGGCUUCGCCGCCAUUGUGCGAUGGCUGUGUAUCAACACAUCCAUGAAUUCUUGGGGCACUACAAUGCGUUGGCUUUCUUCAGCAUGUACUCUUUUCAGUUCACUGGAUUUGGAAUGAAAUCCAAGUAUCACAUGAUGGCCCAUACCAAGCACGAAAUCUCAUUGCUACUUCAAGAUGAAUCAGUGGAGUGGGUUCCAAACCCUCUGAUAUUUGGCGCGGAAAUGAAUGAAGAUGUGAUCGGAAAGAUUGCAAGAUUGUCCCGAAAAGUGUCAGCAAAACUCACCACUCAAAGGACUCUCGAACUAUAUCUCACCAAAUGCAAGGCAAUUCACACCCGCUAUCGCCGCCGGAAGUGA